GUCGCGCGCGUGUUUACAGAGUUAGUGUACACACGCUAGUUCUUAUACUGUGUAUGAUUGUGUACACUAAUGUAUGCGUUUAAAGGAUUGUCAGUGACUUUGUGAAUAUCUAGUGGUGGUGUUGGUAGUGGUGAUAAAGUCCGGAAAGUAGUGUACAGCUCGUCAGGUGGAUAGUUACAGACCGGCGACGACGCCUGACCAGGACUGGGGGCUAAGCAAGAUGGCGAUCCUAGGCCCUGUGACGUGCUGGGUGUAGGUGUGUAAACAUUGAUGAUGGACCACAGCUAUGUCAGCCGCCAACAUCCUCCCAUGGAACAGGAAGCGACCAGUAAUAUCCCUCGGUCCCCCGCUGCUCGACGUACUGGACGAACACGUAGCGUAUCCGAGUCGGGCCAAUGUCAGGUACCUUCUCCAGACGCUCCUGCGAGGUUGUCUUCUCUAGCAACACCAGGGCGCACAUCUGGCAACACCCUGCAUGACACUCAGGCUGCGAGAUCUGAAAGACCCAGGAAGUCGAGACAUGCCAGUGGAAAGGUUCAUCACACUGGCCGUAGUGCACGAGAUGGAAGAUCACCUUAUCAGGAGGGAGGUCAACCCAGAAAACUUUUAUAUCCAUCAAUAUCAGGAGGAUCUGGGGAUGAAGAAGACAACUCUGCUGAAACAAAGAGGUCUCGCACAGCACCAUUGCCAGAUAUUAUGCACGAUUGGGAGAUCAUUGUCAAAUCCCUCAAAGCGAACGAACGUCGCGAGAAACAAGAAGUCUCCAAGACAACCGGUUCUGUCAGUGAUAAAAGUUACAAAGGAUUGGAGGGCAAGCAUGGUGAACGAAAGUCCACAGAUGAAGCAGUUAAUACCAAUCGGAGGCUGGACUUUUCUGAAGGUCAACAAAGGGUACCUGAAGAACCAAUUCCACCUGAACCUUCUACCAGUAAUCCAGAAGCUGAUAGUGACAAAGAGAAUACUAGGCUAAAUGAGUUGGUGUGUAGAGAUCAGAUGGAAGAUGUUGACAAUAGUGAUGCUCAAGUGUCUCCCAUAUUUAAUGAAGAUGACAGUGAUAAUCAUACACAUCUUGAAAAUGGUCAGCAGGACAUAGGUAGCCCAGAAAGUAUAGUACCCAGUAGUGGAGAAAAUAAACCAACAAACAUAUUCGGUCCUUCUGAAAGUGAAACUGAAGUACAAAGUUUAGAAAGUACAAGGCAGGAGAUACCUGCAUCACACUGUGUUACACAGUCUGUUAUUGACAUGAAAACUGAUGGUGAUAGUGGCAGUGACAUAGUUGAAAAUGACAGUUUUGACUUAGCCAGAACAACAGUUACUAAAGAUAUGGAAAAAAGAAAGUUAAAAUCUCACUUGAAAGGGAAACUUAAUGCUCCAUCAGAUGGUAAUUUUGAGGUUGUUGGUACAUGUAACGAGGUCCAACUGAUGGAGGCAGAAGAUCAUUCACUUGAAGGUUUUCAGAAUAAAAAUGAUAGUUGUAGCAUCUCUGACUUGUCUCUAGGGCAAGAAAGAGAGGAAUUGUCUUCUUUUUGUUCUCCCAAAACUGGUAAAACUCUUAAAGCAUCUAGAAGCUUACAUAUUAAAAAUGAAAGGGAAAAAAGAACAAGUCAGAAGGCAUCAUCAGUGUCUAGUGAGCAGGGUAGUGAUGAUACAGUGUUAGACAGUGUAUUUGACAGCAGUUCAGUUACUAAGGGGAAGGGAACACCGGAGUAUACCACUUGUGAUGUGUUACAAGACUCAAUGAAUGAGAGUAAUGAAACAUUGAAGUGUCAUUUAAAAGAAGACAUGGGUGUUUCUGUGAAGAAUUGCAGAGGUGAAAAAAAUGAUUCAAAAGAAUGUUUUCAAAAUAAUGUUUUAAUGGAUAGUGUGGGUCAAAACGUCCCCAAAAUAUCCCUCCUUAGAAAAGAUCAUGUAUCAGUGAUGUUAAAAAGUGAUGAAACUGAUAGGCAAGACUCUUCCUGUGACAUUCAAAUAUCAAGACAGAAUAGCAACAAGAGCAAGUCAAUAAAAAAUGUUUCCGAGGAUUCCAGUGUAACAGAAAAGCGUUUAAAAAGGGAAGGGAAGUCUUCUCGUACACAAAAGAAAGAUUCAGAGACUUCCAUUCAUUCUCAUAAGAGUCCCGGUGAGUCCAGUGAUGAAGAGCAUUUGAUGCACACACUGACAAAGAAUGAAAAGCAGAAUAGUGUGAAGUCAGAAUGUAUGCUUAAGGAAAAAUCUCCGGUUGAAGAAAUGGAUGUGGCUGUUGAUAGCAAUAACAUGGGUGAAAGUCGGGUCGUUUUUGAAGCCACAGAUAACCAAACUAUUGAGACCGCGGAUGAUAAUAAAUUGAACAAAGUCGGCUGUCCCGCUAAGAAAGAAGACUCAAGGGUUCCGUUGGCAGGGAACUCGGAGAACUAUGAAAAUCAUAAAGACGAUGGUGACAGUGAAGGUGACAUCAGUGUGAUACAGAAAGAAGAACCACAUGUACUUGGAGGUGAAAAAGAAAUAAUGAAGAAUAAUGAGGAGAGUUUGAAAUAUUAUGUAGAAAAAGAAAUAAAUGAGAAAAGAGCAGCAAUAAAGACUGUUAUAUCUCAGAGGGAGUUCGAGCAACUGUUUGGACUGGCAGAUGAAGAAAAAUCUCUCGUAUGCAAUUUCGAGGGUUUUCAUAGUAACCUAACAGACAAGAGAUGGGUGGAGGAACAUCUCGGAGAUGACGUUAACGUCGAAGAAGCAUUUGAGGGUUUUGUUUCCGUCGGCCUACACGACAAUAAUGACCAUCUUAUAAAGCCCGAAUGCUCAGAUCUAAUUACACUGAGCGGUGACAGUAAUUGUGUUCAACUGUGCGAUAAAGAAAAAACUGGUACGAGACGCGUUGCCACGGACAAUAGGAAAACAUGUCAUGAAUGUCAGUUGGUGUUUGAGACUGCUGCAGAAAGAUAUCAGCAUCGGCGCGUUGGUCAUAAACGAAUAUACGAGUGUGUGUUUAAUGAAGGCCAAUGUGAAAAGAGUAUUGGAGCUGUACGCUAUCAUUCUCAUCUAUGGGAACACCACGAACUUCUUGUUAAACGGAUGCUGGAGGAUAUGUCGCUUGAUGUCAUGUCUUGCACAUUAGCCGGGUCAAUGUCUAAUACCCCUCAGCCGUGUCGAAUGUGUCUUUGCCUGUUAGGACAGCCCACUCGACAGCUGCAUGAGCUAUUGGUACAUGGGCAAGUGUCGAGUGUAUUGACUUUGGGCUUUCCAUCCCCCCAAGCGACCGUGUGGUGGACGGGCAAGGGGUUGUCAUGGACGUGUCACCAGUGUUGCUCCACCCUUUCUGGAAAUCAAAACCCUCAGCACUUUUUGAUGUUGUGUGCUCCACAUACCUUCCCAAAGAUACUAGCUAAUCACCUUGUCAAUGUUCAUCUCUUGAGUGACACUCUACUGCACGGUUGGUGGCUGCUACUGCGUCUUCUUCUCGUUCUGCCGCCGGUCGACCGAUCUUCCUUGGCCUCGAUACUGACUCUUGGAUUACACAAUAAUAGUUCUUUUGCAUGUUGUCUCAUAUGUAAACGUUCUUUAGCAUUUAUUGUGAGUCCACAGUUAGACGAAUCUCGUGGGUUGUGCGGAAGUUGCUGGGAUAUGGUAAGUGACAGUCUAUCGUGCUGGUUUCUUUGUGGUUUUCCACAACCAGAUAACCAGGAUCAGUUAACUGCUCACCUCAUUGUAAAUCACAGAAGUCAGCUAGGAGGAGGCUGGUGUGUACUUUGUGGAGAGUGGGUAAACUCUCUUCUUCCUCAUGUAUUUAGUCAUAGGUAUGUUAAAAAAAAUGUUCCACGUUUUACAUGUACUUUUUGCUCCACCACUCUGAUUGGGCAAAAUAUCCUGUCUUGGGUAGUACACUCUUGGGCAUAUCAUGUGUAUCCUUGCCCUUUCCCUGCUUGUGUCACACAACACUGUGAUUCUGAAUCUGAUGAGCAGUCCAAACCUGGGCAGACAGUGGCACCUACAGCUAUACAUUUGGCAACCCACAUUAAUGCAUGUCAUCUUCCCAGUCACGAGGAUUUGAGCUUAGACGAUAUAAGUAUGAUUAUUCAGUGGAUCCGUGGAGGACGGGGAGGACUGCUCUCUGCUUCAGACACUCACUCAUUAAAUAUGGUGUGGCACAGUCACACUGGAGAUUUGUUUACAUUAGUUGGUGCCGGUCAUCAUCUGAGUCCUUCCACUACUGUAAAAGUAUUCUCAUCAUGUGUGCUUUGUGGAUGCUCAAAUACUCUAACAUUAAGGUAUGCAGACUCAAGUCCGGCUCCUCUGUGUCCACACUGUCGUCUGGGGCUUCAUCGGUCUCAAGCUGGUCCACCUUGGCAUUGUCCUGCUCAGUCUUGUAAUUUCUACACUCCUCAAGCCUCUGGUCUUUACGAUCAUCUUAUGGAAUCCCCCAAACAUCGCCAAACAAUAAAGCCAAACCUCAAGUACGUUAAACUACCCAGUCGCUGUUCUAAGUGCAACAUGACCAGAGUAUUCAAGGAUCGCCUGGCAUUAUUUUGUCACCAGUUAUUAUCACACACCCUUGCUUGCUUAGCCUGCCCGGUCAACGCCAUUACAAUUACAUCGCUUCAACACCACCGCACCACCUGUCAUGACCUAAGAUCUUGGGAUGCAGUGUGGGCACGCCUUAAACACAAACAACAGCUAAGAGAAAAGUACAAAAUGCAGCAUCCUAAAGUAGUAGAUGAAGAGGAUGGAUGUGUUAUACUUGUAGGCACUAGUUCAAGUGGUACUGUUGUAGCUCAGUGUGAUCCCUUAAUAUGUGUUAACAUGUUGACAGAAGCUCCUCAGGAACACAUCCAAGAAGGUUCAGUAGAGCAGGUAAGAGGAGAGGAGAGAGAGGAGACCGCUGAGAGUGAGGAUGAUGUCGUCCCUGGCUGGUGUGGAUCUUUAUGUACUGUGUCUAUGUCUCCACACAAAUUGACUCCACCCACCACUGACUUAACAUCCACUGUUGACAAAAAUAUCACUAUGAAGAAAGAGAAGGUUAUAGAGAGACAGAUGGAUGUUGAUAAACUACGUGCUUCUUCUGAUAGAAAGGCCGAGACUAGGAAGGCUGAUGUUAGCAGUACAUUGGCUUCUGCAGUUACAGUUUAUGGGGAAAAUGAAAGGGAAGAGGACAAUGAAGAGGAGCAAAAAGAUGAUGAUAAUGAUAAAAAUAAUAAUAAUAAUAAUAAUAAUGAUGAUGAUGAUGAUGACAGUGGGAGUGAACCACCACUACAGAUUGACACGGCAGCAGCUUCACCAAACUCACCGCGAGGAUCAUGUCCACCCAGUCCUGGCUCAACUUUAUCUAUUCCAAGUGGUAACCAUGUUGAGUCUGUUCCAUUUCAAAUACCUGCUGUUGUAGAAGCAGCUUCACCCAAAGAAGCUAAAGAGUCUAACACCAUACCUGUCUCAUGUUCUAAACCUUCACCACCAAAAGAACUUAAUAAACCUGACAAACAAGAAAAUUCAGGUAAGUCACAAUCUGAAGGAAGACAACCCACAUUUGGUUUCGUUAACAGCGUAGAAGGUCAAACCAUUCAGAACAUGGCUGAAGUUUUAACUGAAGAGUUACACCAAAAAGGGGAAGAGACAAAUAAAUCAACACCAACAGGACAGACCAAGUCCAAGUCAGCAUUGGAGAAAGAACCCCAUCAAGCUGCUGCUGCUGCUCCAGAGGUUGAAGUUAUUGUGAAGAAGAAGACUAAUACAAGGGAGAAGCAGGGGAGACGAGGAGAACCAAAGGCUGUACCAAAAGGCUUGGGAGAGAAUGCUGAUAUUGAUGAGACUUCAAUGGGAGAGAACAUCUUGCGUGAUCUUAGUGACAAGUUCACCGGUCAAUGCGUUGGCUGUGGCGUGAGUGUUCUCCUGCCCCGUCUUCUGUUACACGUCAAUGAAGCUCAUCCUCAUGCGCUGGUUACCUGUACUUGUGGAGCUUUUCAGGGGAGUCUCUAUGCAUUCUUGGUCCACUCGUUUCAUUUGUCUCAUCUGCCGAGUGAAGCGCGUCCUUUUGUUUUAUCUGCACAAGAUGGAAGCCAGAAGACAAUGGUGGUGCUUGAAGCUCGAUCUUCUCCAUCUGUUGGUUACACUUUUCCUUGUUUUAAGUGUGGUAAACGCUUUAAACAAGAAAAGUCGCGACAACUACAUUAUAACUUGUGUAAACUUGAAAAAAAGUUUGAGUGUGAAGUUUGUGGAGAAAAGUUUGUGCGUGACCACCAUCUAGUCAAACACAAAGAGUGGAAACACAACCCUCAAACGUGCCCCCACUGUGGUAAAUGCUUUACAUCUGAGGUGUCAUUAACUCAACAUGUGCUUCAUAUACAUAAGAAGCAAUUGAUACACAAGUGUGAUCAUUGUGGAGAUCGUUUUGGUACUCGCACAAGGUUGAGAGUACACACACGUAUCCACACCGGAGAACGACCUCAUAAAUGUCAGCAUUGUACACAAGCUUACGUGUCAAGAAAUCUCUUGGCAAAGCACGUGGCUGCUGAUCACCCUAGUCAAUCAACAAAUUACCAAUCUGACUCAAGUGAGGACCUGGGUAAAUACAAAAGCCGAAAGCAUAGAACCUCGGUGGAUAAACCGGUCAAAGGCAAAAACAACGUAGAUAGUGAGUCAGAUUCUGAUAUCUCGGAGGUCGAGGGAUCCGAGGAAGUGGCGGUAGAUACCUGUCAACCCGGAAAGUUAGACGACGAUGACAAAGUAGCCGAGGAAGAAUUCCAAACAAGGCUCGUUAUGAUAGCAAUGACAGAGUCAGACUUAGACACCUCAGAUUCAGAUACCGAAAAGGCUCAGACAGUUCAUCACAAAAAAACUGCACAUGGAAAACAAGCAACUAAUAAACAAAAAACAUUGGAAACGGUGGAAGUGGUUAACGAGGAAACUUACCGGCAUGAUGAAUUACAGAGUCAUCAUCUGGACAUUCAAGGGAAGCACGCUGAACAGAAAAGAAAAAAAUUGGUCGAUGGCUCCAGUGGUGUAGUGGGGGCUAUUGGCGGAACAGUUGACGAAAAUACAGUGGCGCCCGUUGUGCGAGAAGACAUGUUGCAGAUGGUAGACCGUGCCGUUGGAAUGCGAUGUGGACCGUGCCACUUGACGUGGAGUAACCCAGCUGGGAAGUUGCUCCAUAUGUACCUGGUUCACCCUCAGCUUGUAUUAAACUUGGGGCUCACAGACUGUGCUUUUUGUGAUCAUUCAUUUACCACCGCAGAUGAUAUCAAUGACCAUCAUUUAGCUUUUCACCAACGUGCCAUGCUACCCAAUGGAACAUUUCGUUGUUUGUGUGGCCUAGUGUUUCGUGAGGAUGGAGCGUAUUAUUUCCAUCUCUAUUAUGCCCAUAAAGCCCAAAGAGCACUCAAUGUUGGUGGAGAGAUUGUGUGUCGCGUGUGUGAAGCCCGCCCGCGCCUUAACAAGAUCGUAGACUUGGUUGUGCAUCUUAGUGACACUCAUACAAUGUUUGAUCAUGUAAGAGUAAAUGAUGCAUACAUGUGUAACUUUUGUUACAAGGCUUUUGAAUCAUGGACCGUGCUUAGUCUGCAUUUCUUUAUGGUACACAAAGCUACUAAAAGUCAGACAUUAAGUUAUGACUGUCCUUACUGUGAUGGCGCUUCCCCAUGGCAUUCUUUGGAGGCUUUACAGUACCACCUGGAUAAUGUACACCCAGCUAGACAUCGUGUACACAAAGUUCCCGAAAACUCUUGUAGUAUAUAUAUGCCUGCCACACGUGUUACUGCAAGUACUCCCACACAGCCGUCUAAUUCGGGAAAUAAAAGGAAGAAAUCCAUGAACAACGCCAGUGGUAAACCUCCUCCUAAGAAACGGAAGAAAGUAUCCAAGAAGGGUCCACGUGAUGGCGGAGGCGGCUUGGAGGCAGACGAAACCCUGUACUGCAUUUGUCAGUGUCCGUAUGAUGAAGUGUCCGACAUGAUUGGCUGUGACAAUCCUUCCUGUCGCUAUCAGUGGUUCCAUUUUGAAUGUGUUGGUAUUAUGGCUGCUCCAGAGGGCAACUGGUAUUGUCCAGAGUGCACUACUACUCUCAAGACAGUUCACAAGCAGCAACCACACGCUGAUCUAUAUGAAUAUUAUAGCACCUACGAGACAGAUUCUCAACCAGCACCCAAGCCACCUAGCCAGCGACACCGCUCGUCAUCAUCAUCAUCUUCAUCGUCCUCCUCCUCUUCUUCGUCAAGUGAUUCCUCCUCCUCGUCUUCAAGUAGUGAUUCUAGUAGUGAUAAUGAAAUUGAAAACAAUGAGAACAAUGACAACAAUGACUGAUAAUAAUUGUAUUACAACAUACAUUUUCAGUUUCAAGUAUACAGUGUACAGUGUGAACAGCUAGAGUACUGUACUUCUCUCUGAAGGUUCUAAUUAGUUAUUAAUCUGACAUUACUCAUAGUUGUUUCUCCAGUCUUAAAUCUUUGCAUUUUUUGUAAUUUUUUUUAGAAUUACAAUAUAUAUUUUUUCUUAUUGUUACCUCUAUUCUUACGAUGCUCUUACUUUAAUUUGAAGAGUAUUACUGUGGCAGAAAUGUUUAAAGCACAGUACCUGAAAAUUGAAACUGAGAGCACUGGUAGAUAGGAGAACAUUAUUACCUACAACUACGAGUGCACAUGUGGCAUAGUGUCAUGUGCUUGGGUUUACAAUGAAUUUGAAUACUUUUCUAGUUAUAUCCAUGUGAUGGUAAUCAUGGUACAGUAAUAAAUUUUUGUGGUAUGAUGUAUUUGGUCCUAAUUAGUCAUAAGGGUUUCAGCCCAGUUAUUAUGGUAGCCUUGAGAAACAGUUUAACAGUGAUGGUUUUUGUGAGAAUGCUUUCAGCUUGUUUAAGACUGACUGCACUCCAUAGUUGAAAUAUUGCUGUGCCAAAUACCAUCAUUAUUAUUUGUUGCCAUUUUGAAUUGGUCUCAUAGGAGCUCAUUAAUGUACAGUAGUUUAAACAAGGAAUCAUGUGAAAGAAUUUUAUAUCAACAACAUUACACCUGUAGUAGGGCAUAUGUGAACUCUCCAUAUUUGUAAAUCGGUUUUAUGGUAGAAUAAUAACCUGAUAUAGGAUUUAAAAGUGAUCUUAAAGGUACCUUGAUGGUAGUUCUUGUCCAACACAAUGAAGAUGUUUAUAAUCCUUAAAGCUAUCAUACACUGUAAA